AUGGCUCGCUGGGGAUUUUAUGGCAUUUUGAUGGGGCUCCUGAAGCUCGGCUCUUCUUGUCCGAUAUCUUGUUCUUGUAACACCUCGAGGAUCUCGUGCGAAGCUCAGAAACCAGGAAUCGAGGAUUUUCCGAUCUUGUUGCCGGAGACCGACAUGGAAAACAUCACCGACAUGUAUAUUGCGAAUCAAAAAGGACUAUUUAUGCUCAACGAGGACUACAUGAAGUUUUAUACAAAUCUCAGGAAUUUAACAAUAAUCAACACUCAACUGAUGUCUGUAUCUACAGCAGCGUUUGCCUACAAUUCCAAACUUCAGUAUUUGGACCUCAGAGACAACAGACUAUCAACACUGUCAUGGACAGCAAUUCGCAAUUCCAACAUGUCAACUCUGCUGCUGGCCGGGAAUCCGCUACGGUGCACAUGCGAGAACAUGUGGAUCAAGUCGUGGUUGGAUUUGAGUGAGCGAGAUCAACUCCAGUGUCUGCAGGAAGGUGGAAGGCUGAGGACCCUUUCCAAUAUCACUGUCCCUUCAUGUGAGUUCCCACAGGUAGAGGUUGUCCCUCCGAUUGUUAACCAGAAGGCAGGAAGUAAUGCAAUAGUGACAUGUAGCGCUUCCGGAUCUCCUGCUCCUGUACUUUUCUGGAAUUUGAACACCACUGAACAUCCACCACUUACAACCAGCUAUGAGAUGAACACAACUGACCUGCAGUCGAUGUUGAUACUGAGGAACCUCUCCCACAGCGACAACGGCCGAGAGAUCACUUGCAGCGCUGAGAAUAUUGUGGGUCAGACUGAGGCUUCUGUCAUCCUCAAUAUCCUCUUCCCCCCGAUUAUCCUGGAACUAGAGAAGCCCGAACGCCACCAGGAUUGGUGCAUCCCAUUCAGCGUGACAGGGAACCCCAAACCUGAGCUGCUGUGGUACCACCAGGGCCAACCCCUGGAGCAGCAGGACUACAUCAAGACUCAGAUCCAUGUGUCGACGGAGAGCGAGUACCAUGGCUGUCUGCAGCUUAUCAUCCCUACGCACAUCCACAAUGGUGUCUACACGCUGGUGGCCAUCAACAGGUAUGGCGAGGACCAGAGGAACAUCACUGCGCACUUCAUGUUAAUCCCUGACGUGGAACACUCAGGGGCAGAGUUCUACUACGACACAACUGACGCUCCAGAAAUCACAGGAAUUCAAGAGGGCAAAGUCGCCGUUUAUGCAGUGGUGGGGAUCGCUGGGGUUGCGUUCACUGGGUGCAUCUUGAUGCUGAUCUUCCUGAAGUAUGGUCAAAGUUCAAAGUUUGGGCUGAAGGGGUCCUCCUCAGUAAUCAGUAAUGAUGACGAUUCAGCCAGCCCACUCCACCAUGUAUCCAAUGGCAACAACACACCAUCGUCCUCCGAGAUGGGCCCAGACGCUGUCAUCAUCGGCAUGACCAAGAUCCCGGUCAUUGAGAACCCACAGUACUUCCGCAAUCCUGGCAGUAUGCUGAAAUCGGACACUUUUGUGCAACACAUCAAACGGCACAACAUAGUCCUGAAGAGAGAACUAGGAGAGGGAGCUUUCGGGAAAGUGUUCCUAGCUGAGUGUUACAACUUAUCACCAGACCAGGAGAAGAUUUUGGUAGCUGUCAAGACCCUGAAAGAAGCGAGCGAGAGUGGUCGGGCUGACUUCCACCGAGAGGCAGAGCUUCUGACCAACCUGCAGCAUGAGCACAUCGUGACGUUUUAUGGCGUGUGCGUGGAGAGCGAUCCCCUCAUCAUGGUGUUCGAGUACAUGAAGCACGGAGACCUCAACAAGUUCCUCAGGGCUCACGGUCCAGAUGCGAUUUUAAUGGCAGACGGGCAGCAGAGUUUGCUGGUGGAGCUGACUCAGUCACAGAUGCUGCACAUUGCUCAGCAGAUCGCAGCCGGAAUGGUGUAUCUGGCUUCGCAGCAUUUCGUUCACAGAGAUCUGGCAACACGCAACUGCCUGGUGGGGGAGAAUCUGCUUGUGAAGAUCGGAGACUUCGGCAUGUCCAGAGAUGUGUACAGCACAGAUUACUACAGGGUGGGUGGUCACACCAUGCUGCCCAUCCGCUGGAUGCCUCCUGAGAGCAUCAUGUAUCGGAGGUUCACCACAGAGAGUGACGUGUGGAGUUUGGGCGUGGUCCUAUGGGAGAUCUUCACCUACGGCAAGCAGCCCUGGUACCAGCUCUCCAAUAACGAGGUGAUCGAGUGUAUCACACAGGGCCGGGUUCUGCAGAGGCCUCGUACCUGCCCCAAAGAGGUGUACGACCUGAUGCUGGGCUGCUGGCAGCGUGAACCGUACAUGAGACUCAACAUUAAAGAGAUUCACAAUCUGCUCCAGAGCCUGGCCAAGGCCUCACCUGUUUAUCUGGACAUCCUGGGCUGAACGUCUACGUGUGCGUGCGUGUGCGUGUGUGUACAAAAAAAAAAAAAUCAGGCUUAAAUGUUCUUGCUUGUGCUUCUGCCUCUUUACCACAUAGACUAAAGGCCUUAAAGUUGAUCGCAUACAUUUCUGCAAAUUUUUUGGGACAUCUAUAAUCCUCCCUGCUUCAAAUUGUGCUUUUUUGAGUUGUGUGAAUUUCGACGGCAAACAAACACAAUCAGGCCCAUUGUUGUAAAUACUCCUGGACAUUUUAGGAGGUUUUCGUUUUUUGGGGUUUUUUUUUCCUCCUCAUCGCAGUGACUGGAGGAACGGUUAGCCGAAGUGCAAGCAAAAC